AUGUCACUGCUUUCUCUUGGUACAAUCAGCACCAACAAAAUGAACUCCGGUCAGUUGUUGUUGUGGACGAGCAUUCCUGCCGUCGUGGUCUAUGGCUUGAGUCGCAUCAAUUGGCCGCGGACCAUUUUUCGAUUUGUCUUUGGGAUUGUGGCUCCGACCAAGGAACGAUUUUGGCCGAGUGACGAUCCACAAAUUUCACCGGGAGCCCGUGGAAUGGCGUGGAUCUUACUGGCUGGUCCUCCACCGCCUCAUGAUGUGCAACCCAUUCGGACCAUGAUGAAAUACUUUUGGCCUAAUGUCUGGCCCACGCCCCCUCCUGGCACCAUUCAAGUUGAUGUGGUGCCCACGCCACGCGCCACCAGUCAGUCCCUCUGGAUUACCCCCUCUUCUUGUAGUAAUACUUGCACCCAAUGCCUGAUUCAUCUGCACGGAGGAGGCAUGAUUGCAGGCACUACUGGCACCGAACGGGGAUUGGCCGUUGAAUUGGCUAGGCGGUUGGGUGUACCUGUCCUCAGUGUGGAUUACCGGUUGGUUCCAGAAGCCACCAUCCAACAAGCCGUCGAGGAUGUUGUGACGGCCUAUCAGUGGCUACGAAAAACGCAUCCCCACUUGACCAAACUAUCCUUCUUGGGAGGAUCCGCCGGGGCCGGGCAUUCCCUUUUAGCUGCUAUUCGGCUUCAAGAACUUGACUUGGACGUAAAGCCCACAUCCUUGGUACUCUCGUCGCCCGGACCCGGAAUGGAGUUUUUGCCGUCCCAAGUAGCCGCUACUGUAGAAGAGACACGACGGACGUGGAAGCACCUCGACAAGAAUGCUCCUCACGAUGGAUACAUGGCGGGUGAGUUUUAUCAAUUCGUCACCAGUAUCGUCUAUCAAGACCCCGCCAACCGGGAAUACUUGACACAGCAAUUGUCCAAAUUGUCCAAAGGCAAGUUGCCGCCCUGUUUGGUCACGGCCGGGAGUUACGAAGUUCUGUUGGAUGGAGUGCAUGCCUUGGUAGAUGCGCUUCAAACCGAACAAGUGCCCGUCGUCUACAAGGAAUAUUGGAAAAUGCAGCAUUGUCACUUUUGCUUUUUCGAAUUCACUCCCGAAGCAUCCGAUGCAUUGGAUGAACUCAUUCUGUGGUUGAACAAGAGUUGGAAUAAAGAAUGA